AUGACGAAUCCAUCGAUAUUAGCAGCAGCUCAAGUGCAAAUGACAUGGUUUCAAAUUGUUUUCCUUGUUAUGGGUGAUAUAGGCAAUAUAUUAAACUGUAUGAUAUUUUUACAAAAAUCUCUCAGACACAAUAAUUGUUGUCAAUAUUUUUUGGCUUGCUCCAUUACCAAUCUGAUUAUUCUUAAUACUGGAAUACCAACCAACAUUUUUAGCCUCACUAACACAAAUCCAGCCACGUACUCUCUGGUGUAUUGUAAAGUUCGUAUGUAUAUAAUUCAUUCACUACUAAUGGUAUCACGAUUUUACAUUGUUCUUGCAUGCGCCGAUCGAUAUGCCUUGUGUUCUCCAAAUCCUCGAAUUCGCGAUUUUACUCGUCCAAAAGUUGCUCGCGUUUUAAUUCCUCUAACACUAUUUGUCUUUUUUCUAAUGCCUAUUCAUCUGCCCAUCUUAAUGACCAUUCAACAGAGUAAAUGUAUUAUGCCCGGUCUAUAUAAUCUAUUAUGGAGCAUCUACAUAAUGUUAUUAGCCGGCUUGUUUCCUCUAAUAUCAAUGGCAGUAUUUGGUCUACUAGCUUGUCGGAAUAUCAGGUAUCUUCGACGCCGUAUACAGCCUUCCGGUGUCAGCCAGCGUAUACGAAUAAAAAAUCGAGAUUAUCAAUUAAUGAAAAUGCUGUUUGUCGAAGUAAUCAUUUAUAUUUUAACUACGCUUAUGUAUCCUUCGUAUGCUUUUUAUUCGGCUUUAACAUUGAAUGCAAGUAAAGGCACGCAAAGAAUUGCAAAUGAAGCAUUCGUAAGCUUUCUAUCGGGCUCAUUUUUACUGUAUAUUAAUAACUGUUCCACAUUCUACAUUUAUGUGUUCACAUCAACUACAUUUCGAAAAGAAUUACGCUCAAUUGCAGUUAAUUAUAUCCUCAAAUAUCUCCUUAAAGAAAACUCUAAUCAAGGAUCAGCACAACGAAGUAGUAAUAUUGGUCAAGCAGUAGUAGUCAUCGAUCCUUUUCGUACUGUUCAACAAGGAAAAACAAGAUAA